AUGGCAACGCGAAGGAAUGUAAGGUUUGCUAUUGUACCAAGAUUUAAUAUUUUUGAAGUACCUGAGAAAGAUAACACCACUCUUAAAGAUGUAAAUGGAUUUGAAAAAGAAAUUUUGACCCUUUUAUCAAAUGCAUUAAAUUAUCAUUUAGAAAUUUUAAUCCCAAACGACAAAGAAUGGGGUGCAAAGCUAAGUAAUGGCAGUUUCUCAGGUGCAAUUGGCAUGCUGCAUCGAAAUGAAGCCGAUUUGGCGAUGGGACGCAUGAGUAUCACAUACGAUAGGGCCGAAGUGGCAUGGCCAGCUUUUCCUUACGACCUCCAAAGCAUCAAAUUUGUGACAAGAUUGCCAACUAAAUCUGUUGAGACCAAGCUGUCUUACAUCUAUCCGUUUCAAUUGCAUCUAUGGUUAAUAUUAAUGUGCACAUUUAUUCUGAUGCCUCUAUUAUUCCAGCUUUUUAUGCAGCGUCGAUAUUCUUUUCAAGAACAUGUUUUCAAUGCCGUAAAACUUGUGCUUCAUCAAGCUCCUAAUUAUCAAAAAGCCAAUUCCUUCAGUGAUAAAAUGCUGCAAUUAUCGUUUCUAAUUGGUGUUUUUUUGUUAUCACACAGUUACAGCUCUCAUAUUUUAGCUGUAUUAACAUUGCCAGCUCAUGAAUUCGGCUUGCUUACGAUUUUACAGCUAACUAAAGCAGUUCAGAAUGGUUUAAUAGAAGUCACAGCACCAAGAGGUUCUUUGGUUUUAACUUUUUUAAGGAAAAGUCCAAUAGAAAGCGUUCGAUUUAUUGGCGAAGUAAUCCACGAAAUUGAUUCUUCAAAUGAAGCCACAAAGAAAAGUGUAAUUGAAGAUGGUAGCGCAUAUGUCACUCCAGAUUUUACCAUUAAACUUCAAAUGGGGAAUNUAACUAAAGCAGUUCAGAAUGGUUUAAUAGAAGUCACAGCGCCUAGAGGUUCUUUUGUUCUAAAUUUUUUGAGGAAAAGUCCAAUUGAAAACGUUCGAUUUAUUGGCGAAGUAAUCCAAGAAAUUGAUUCUUCAAAUGAAGCCACAAGAAAAAGUGUAAUUGAAGAGGGUAGCGCAUAUGCCACUCCAGAUUUUACCAUUAAACUUCAAAUGGGGAAUGAACUUUUAUUUUCUAGGGAAGCUUUCGGGCAUAUGUAUGUUACAAUAUAUGCUAACAAAGAGUUCUGCUGUAAGGAAGAGCUUAAUUAUUUUCUCGAACGCUUAGCUGCUGCUGGAAUUUAUCAAAAAAUCUCAAAAGAUUUGUUUAUCAGAUCGCAGCUUCAAACUAUAAACUCAAACUCUUCAGUUAAUCAACAGGAAAAUUCAAGUAUGAAAUUGACAUUGUGGAAGGUCUCAGAUGCACUUGUGGUAUUGGGAAUGGGGCUUUUUCUGUCCCUUGUAGUUUUGAUUUUUGAAUGUGCUUUCGAAAAAAUUGAGAGAACUCUUAGGAAGGGUAUAAAAACUUUCAUAUUGGAGUUGAGUUUGUGCUUAUCUGGAUAG